UAAAUAGCUGUACACAAUAUGGUGGCCGCCCUGGUGAGAGACUGCCAUCAAUACAGCCACCUGUAGCUGAGAGCUGGCUGACACUCAAAAGGCAUCAUGUCUUCUUCAGAAGAAGAUGACAUCCAUCAAUGUGGGCGAUGCAGGAAGUUAUUCAUGAAAUUGGAAGAUUACUUACAACAUAAAAAAUCAAAGAUAUGCAAGAAAUUAUCAUCCACCAGUCAACCCUUGUUAACAGAACAAAAAGAUUCAGAUUGUCAAAAUGCAGUAGACAAGAGAGAUGAGCUCCCAGAAGAAUCUAACCACAAAGAGGUAGCAACUGCUGUGAAGCCACAAGGAAGAAAAACUAGGCAAAACAAAGCACCAGAGUCACCCAAAGAUGAAGAAAAUAAUGUUGUGUUAGGGAGACGAGGCCGUAAGAGAAAAGUCAAGUACACAGACUUAAGUGAAGAUGGUGACCUUGAGCCUCCUCCCAAAUCACCAAAGGCUCAGAAGCGCAAAAGAGGACGCCCCAGGAAAACCCACAGCAAAAAUAAUGACAAUAGAGUCAAACAGCCUCAACAUAUAAAGAACGUCUGUGAAACCUGUGGUUACAAAGCAAUGUACCAGUGGGAGUAUGAUCAUCAUAUGGCUAGGGCCCAUGGAGUAGGAACAGCCAACUGUGCACAGUGCCAGGCAGUAUUCCCCAAUGUAGCUGACCUCACAGAGCACCUCCACUCCUGUCCAGGCAGUAAGGAUGCUAACAACCAAACUGACAGGGACAGCCCAAGUGGUGCUGGUACCACUGUCACUGCAGAGAAAACUACUGGUCUCCAAGAUACUCCGGCUGGGACUGUGCCAGAAUUCCAGUGUACUGUGUGUUCGUCAUCAUACAACGAAUACCGUUUAUUGCGUGAUCACCUGAAGGAGAAGCACCCAGAGGUCAACCCCUGUCUGUGUAUGUUCUGUGGUAAGUGGUAUCGCCUCAAGUCACACCUAUGGCGGCAUAUCACAGUUGAAGCCCACAGCAACCUAAGUUCAAAGGAAAUUGAAAUUGCAAGAAUAGAAUUUGAAAAAUGCACUAGAGUGAGAGGACCUAACAAGAAAAACCUUAGAAAACAGAAUGAGCAGUCAGCAACAAUACAACGACGAUCUAGCUAUGUGUGCAGCUUUUGCAAUGAAUCAUUCCCAAGAAAAGUACUUCUGAUUCGCCACUCAAAGUUGGAACACACUGAGAAGCCAGCUCUUCUAGGCUUUUCACAUACCUGCACUUGGUGUGGACACAACUUCUGGAAAAGAUCAAUACUAUUAGACCACUGCAUUAAGGUUCAUAAAAUUGAUAUAGAAGCUGACUUAACUGAUAUUUGCCCUGUGUGUAAUAAGGGUCUCAAGUCAAAGUAUCAUGUGAUACGACACCGUGACAAUCUGCAUACGCCAAUAGGAGCAACAGAAAUCAGAGAGAGAAAUAUGUUUGAAGUCAAGAAUGCUGACAGUGAGACCAGUAAGGAUGAAACAGUUGAGAAUAAGCAGGUUGAAGAAAAAAAGGAAAUGAAGAAAACUGAUGAAAAAGAUAAGACAAUGCCAACAGUGGAAACUGUUGACACAGAAGACAUGGCCAAUAGUGAUAUUUCAAAAAAAGAUGAAGACUUGGAAGGAAAAUGUAAAUCAGUUGAAGAAUCCAACAGAGAUUUUCCAAAUUUUAGAUGUUUUGUAUGUCAUGAGUUAUUUACCACUAAUAAUUCAUACCGUCAUCAUCUAGAGUGCCAUAGAAUCUGGAUUCCAAGGGAUGAGCUUAAUGAACUGCUUGCUAAGCAAGGUCUCAUGGUGUUAGCAGAGGGGGAAUCUGCCAUGCACAUAGCUACACCAGUGGGCAAUGAGGAUCAACCAGAAGAACCUGUUUCUGAAGCUGCCAGUCUACACACUAGACACCACCAGGAUUUUGGUCCUUCAGCUCCAGUGGCUCUUCAGAUUCUUACCCCCUCUGGAGAAGAUACAGCAGGCCAGGUCUACUAUACUACCAACACAACUUUAGCUCCAGCAUUCACCACAGCUUUGGCUUCAGCACAGGGAUAUGUGGCUGCACCUGACUAUACACCAGUGGUCAGUUCUGCACAACAGGUGUCUGUCCAGCAGGUUGAUAGCCAUGGUAACUAUUCUACCAUAGAUUCCUCGGCUAUACACCAGUGGGCACAAGAGCAAGCUGUCCUGACCAUCUUGCAGGAAAUGGGUCAGAACUCAAACUCUAAAGGACAACAGAGAGAUCAGGUGCAGACACUGCAAGCAGUGCAGGGCAACCCUGCUGUCUCACUACAUAUUAACUCCGCCUCCCAAGCUGUACAAGUAACAGUACAACCAGUGGCUAUUGUCAAUGCAGCUAAUGAUUUUAAGAGCACUGUCCUCUCAGAGAGUCCAUCCAAAAGUAAUGAUGAAAUGAACCACGGAACAUGCAACCCAGGUCAGGCUCUGCAGCCAGUUCCAGCUAGCCCUUCCUCAGACACAGGAAUCAAAUGUGAAAGAACUUUAUCUGAAAUUGGAUUAGAGAAAACAUCAGAUCAAUUUGUAAAGCAAAGUGGUGAUGAAGAAGAAGAUGAAGAACAAGAAGAAGAAGGAAAAGAAGAUAUUAUUGAAGACACCAGGUAUGACUAUAUGUGCCCAGCAUGUCUCAAGGUAUUUCACAAGUUGGAAACCAUCAAUGCACACAAGAAGAAUGUACAUAGCCUUGUUGCAGUAUUCCGCUGUGCUAAAGAAAACUGUCGUCAGAUUUUUUUGGAAACUGAUGACUUUAUUGAUCACCAUAAGGUUCAUCCACAGCAAGCUUUCAUAUGUCGUAUCUGUAAUGAACAUGUGGAGAGCUUAAAUAACCUUAUAGGGCACAAGGUGGUGGCUCACAAAGAUAUUUACCCUUCAUACGGUUUCCGUUGCAAGCUGUGUCAUAAGGCCUUCAAAUCACAAGAUCAGCUGGAUGUCCACAUGGCAACAGCAUCACAUGAGCAUCAAUGCCCUCAGUGUGGGAAAGUGUUUAAGGCACAGUCAGAGCUAAAGGACCAUGAACUAAAGCAUGCUGGGAUACGCAGCUUCCUGUGUGACAUAUGUGGAGUGUCCUUUGUCAACCAUGCUGCUCUGAGGAAACAUAAGAGCAACCACAAUCCGUCUCGUACAUUUGUGUGCAGUGAAUGUGGGAACAAGUUUCAUAAAAGAGAACACUUGAACAGACACUACAGGACCAAGCACAGUGAUGAGAGGCCAUUCAAAUGUCCUGAACCAGGCUGCCCAAAGGCUUUCAAAAGGGGAGAUAAAUUGCGAGAGCAUUUAAGAAACCACUCCAAUGAGACCCCAUAUGUGUGUCAGCAUUGUGCCAAAGCAUACAAACAUAAGGAGGCUCUCAAGUACCACGAAAAGACACACAUGACGGUGCCCGUUUUAAAACAUCACUGUGAGGUGUGUAAUGCUAGCUUCAUUCGCGCAGCCCAUUUGGCCAAUCACAUGCAACAGGAUCAUAAAAUGGCUAAGAAGCGGAUUGCGUCACAUGAGUGCCCAACAUGCAAGAUCAAGUUUCACCGCCAGGAGAGAUUGAACAGACAUAUGGAAAGGGAGCAUCGCUCAGAUGUUAUGUGGAAGGUUACAUGCCGUUUAUGUGGAAAGGGAUUUGCAGGUGAUAAGAGCCUUCAGACCCAUAUUGAGAAGCGACAUUCAGCCGGAGUGCUCACUAAGACAAGAAGGAAGAAAAAUCAACUUCCUGAGGACCAGCAACAAAUUCAAUCACAACAGCAGGAGCAGCAGCCGUCCCUCCAGAUCACAGCCUCUGUUCUCCCCACCCCCAUGGUCCACCCUGCCCCUAGAUAUGACCAUACCCAGAUCCCAGUAGAGGCUCACCUGCUCACAGCUAUGCAGUAUAUGAAUAGGGUGGAACCUCAGGCCCCUCCCACCUCUCAGACUCAUAUGCAUUUACAUAUACCUCAGCAGUCAGUCAUGUCCCCACACCCGCAACAGCUACAACAACCACCACCACAACAACAUAUACACCAUGACAGGGUCAUGUCACCCCAUGAAAGGGUCAUGACACCCCAGGAGAGAGUUUUGACCCCUCACGAACCACACACAGGUGUGGCCACCCAGAUGUUGAUGGCACACCACAGGGGGACCCCCCAUUCACAGCCUCAGGACCAACCCACAGAGGCCCCCCAGGAGGUGACCCAUGUCAUGAACCCACACCCACCUCCCCCACCCCCUCCUGGGUACAUGUACUACCCCAUGCAGGGGUUUGUGCCACACACAUACAAUUGAUGUAGGUGGGAACAGAAUCAUGAGGUGACAGGGAAAUACAAAUGAAUUGUUGUAGGGAGACCUGCAAAUAUUCUCACCUGGUUUGGAAACAGUGCUGUGCAAGCCCUGUGCACCAUUGAUCUCCACCCUCUUUUAUUUAUUUAGUAAGUUAGUAUUUACAGAAGGGUCAAAAUUAACAUUAUAUGAACUGAAAAUGCAUACCACAUUUUGUGUGUAGGAACUGAUUAACUGUAGCUUCUGAGCCACUGUUGUUUGUUUAUUUAUGUAUAUUGAGAAGGAAGGAGAGAAUGUACAUCAAAAAACUGCUGUCAUAGCUACUAUAUGGACAUCCACUGACAUCAUGCCUAUCAACUCCUCAUGCAUGUGAUUGCAACUAUGACGACUUUUCCAAAGCAUCUUUUUUUUAACUUCGUGAUACUGACUUAACAGCACAAAUAUUUUGCAAGAAACAACAGAUAACUCAAUUGGCAACAGUUUGGGAAUUUAUGGGCAACCAUUUUUGGUUCAUUCAUUGAUUUUACAUAGUUAUGUUUGGGGUAUGAAUUAAGCAAAGUGUUACCUGCCUACUAGCACUAUACGUUUAUAAACUGAUUUAGGUUCUCAUCUACUCAGUCCUGGUGCAGCCACUGGUCUGUAGAUUUUGAAGGUUUUGCUUGUUGGCUUGCUAAUUUUUAUAUUUUCGCAAAUUUGCUUGUGUCAUUUUUUUAUGUACAGACACAGAUUUGGAUGUACAUAUAGCUGU